AUGAAGUUAAAUAAUGAUUUGGUUGGAUUCAGAUUCGAAUAUGAUAGCAAUCUUAGUGUAGAAAAUCUAUAAAAUGAAACUAACAAGACUUAUAUUGUAUAUGUUGCUUAGUUUUUUUAGUCAGAUUAAAAUAAUUAGGUUAGUGUCAUAUUAGAUAUCAUUAAUUGCAAAAAUCCUAAUCUAAAAGGGUUUAAAUGCUUAGAUUUCUCUAAAGUGUCUAAUUAUACCUUUUCGCUUAAUGCCUAAAACAGCUUACAGACCUAAAUCAAUAUAUUUACUUAUGGAUGCUUAGAUUUGGACACUUUUAAAACCACAAUACCUGAUAACUGUGCAAGUUAAACAGAAAUAGAAAACAUAAUAAAUGGCAUAAAUGCUGUUGUAAGAUUGAAACUUUAUACUUCUCAGUUUAACACAACUACUUAAAAAGCUCAGGUAAACUAUAGAAAUGCUUAUGUUUAUACUGUUGCAAACUAGUUUAUCUUCUCAAGAAUUAAGACAUAAAAACAAAUAAGCAAAGUAAAAACAGGAUUGAUUAUAUAAUCAUAAACAAGCUUUUCUUCUCCUAUUGAAUAUGAUUAACAAGAUUAAAGCAUAGACAGAGAGUAUUCCUCAUAAAGAAUCGGUUAAUCUUGUUAUAGUUAAGUAAUGAUAUAUCCUGAUGAAUUAGUGUAGUAAGUAAGAAUUUAAUAUCCAACAUUACCCUAAGUUUGUGCACAAGUAAACAGUGUUUUUACUAUUUUAAUGCUAUUAGGUAUAAUAGGAAGAUCUGUUUCGAACUCUUCAAUCAAAAAAGAUUUUAUCAUGCUCUUCUUGAAAAAUUUAUACUAAUCUAAUUACUUACUUAUGUUAGGUCUUUAAAAAACUUCAUAAACUGAUAAAGCGUAAGACCAUCAACUUAAGCAAAAUUUUGAAAAAGGCACUCGAUAGUAAUCAAUAUAAUAAUAAGAAUAGCAAUAGUAAUAAAAAUAAGAAGAAGUAGAUGUAACAAAAAAAGAAAUAGUAGAACUAACAAAAAAAGAAGAUGAACUUAAUGAAGUAUAAGAAACAUCUAUUAAAGAUGACAGUGAUAAUAGUUAAUAAAUAUAAAUACCUAUAUUUUAUUAUAGGCCUUCAUUUCAAUCUGUAUAGUAAAAAUUACCACAUAAUAAUGCUAACAUUAGAAAAAAUCUUUUGAAGAAAUAAAAUUCAUUAAAUUUAGUUUCUAAAAAAUUGAAUCUUACAUUUGAAAUAAAUUAAAAAUAAUAAAUAUCUUAAGAAGAAGACUAAUGCAAAUUGAGUAAAGAAUCCUUUAUUUAAAAAUAUACAACAGACGAUAAAUAAAACUAAAGUAUAUUUUCAGAUUCAAUAUUUACUCUAAGAAAUUAAAACUCGAAGUAAAAAUCGAUAUAUAGAGAAAGCUAAAUUAAUCAAUCUAUUUGUUACAAUCUCAGAGAGACACAUCCUGUUAAGUAGAAUAAUUAAAAUUUAUAUAAUUAAUGCCAAAUAAAUUAAACCAAAAAACCUGAUGAAGAUGUAAGAGAAUGCUUAAAAAAAUUGAAAGCCAUUCAAGAUAAAGAUACCUCUAACAAAAUUAAGAAACUUCUUUUUACAUUUAGGUUUUGCAAAAGAAGAUAAAAAUAUGAAGAAAUAGAAGUGCUAAAUCAUAAACAGCAAAAGAAAAUAGAGAACCAUAUCAGCCAAGAUUUAGACAUCUUGCAUUUCUUUAAUGAUAUGAUAUUUUUAAAGAAAGCUGUCAUGCUACUUUUAAGAAAAGAUUAAUUAGCGGCAUUAAAGCUAGUUGGCUUCUCUCAGAAUAUCUUAGAUUUGGAUCUAAAAGAUAUUGAUGCAAAUAACUAAAAAAAAAAAAAAGAAUUAAGCUAUUAUGAGAUGUAAUUUGCUAUUUUAUAAUCAGAAAAAUUGUAAUAGCACUAGAUUGAAAAGUUUUUAAAAAGAUGUCAAAAUAAUUAUAAAGUAACUCAGAUAGAUAACAGGAUUUUACAAUCUCUAUAAGCAAAUAAAGUUAUUUGA